AUGUUUGUAAAGACUAUCACUAGAGAUACAUCAAGACUGUUUAUGUCCACUGGGAGACGUUUCCAAUCGACGUCCUCCGGGUACGCCUCGGUCAAGAAAUUGACUGCGAUGUCCGAAUUGCACUCAGCGAUCAAGAGUCCCAAACUCUCCAUCAUCGAUUUUUACGCUACAUGGUGUGGACCCUGCAAAGCUAUGAUCCCCACGGUGUCCAAGUCGAUUGCAGAGAACCCAGAAGUCACAUUCUACAAAGUCGACGUCGAUGAAUCCCCAGACCUGGCGAAAUUCUGCGAGGUGACAGCGAUGCCCACUUUCGUCUUCGCUAAGGCGGGGGAUAUGUUGAAGAAAGUUGUUGGUGCCAAUCCUCACGGACUACAAGAGGGGAUAGAUUCCCUCAAAUAG